AUGAUUCUAACAAUUAUUUCAAUGUUAUCAUUGUCAAUUGCUUGUUUUUAUUCUUCAAUUCUUGUUGCCUAUAGAGGAAAUGAAGUUUAUUUCCACAUUACUAAAUCAAAUAUUGAAUUGAAUCAAUUGACUAGUUUAAUGAAAAUUAUGGUUGAGUAUAAAUUUAUUGUGAGUGAAAAUUUUGUAAAAAAAACGAAUUCUAGUUUAAUUAAUUUAUUGACAUCACUUCAAGACAUUAGUCUGGAUGUUCAGAGAAUUAAUCAAUUAGGAUAUUUUCCAAGUGAUUUAUCAUUAAUUGAUUAUGCAUAUCAUAUUAUUUAUACUAUAGAUGGUCAUGUUCAAUUCUUUUUAAGGAGAUAUAAUUAUUGGGGAAUUGGAGAUGAGGAAACUUAUUCGAAUGUUAUGAGUCUAACAAAUGAUACUUUGAUUUUAUAUGAGAUGGUUCUUCAACUCGGUGAUAAAUAUAUUGGAGCUAAGGAUGAUUAUAUCAAUGGACUAUCCAUUGCUGGAUUGGUGUUAACUUUGAUUUUAUUAAUUUUCAUGAUUCCUUUGAGUUUUUCAAUUACUUUUAAAACUUUGAUGAAUAAUGAGAAAUUAAUUGAAAAGUUGAAAAGAGUUGAUGCUAAGGGAGUUAAGGAAACUAUUUUGGAUUCACAUUUUGGACCACAAUUCAAAGAAUAUUGUAAACAAAAUAGAGAAUUACGAUAUUUUCUGUUUUUGGAAAGAUCAAUUCAAUUUACAGAAUAUUGUGAAAAUAUUUACAAUCUUGAUCAUAAUACAGAACUAUUUCUAGAAGAUCCAAAUGAUAUUCCAAAUAUUGAGAAUGAAAUUGACAAGUGGCAGUCCAAAAAGUGUGAAAUUAUCUUUGAAAUCAAAACAGAAUUUCUAAGCUCAAAAGGUGAACAUUUUCUUGGUGAAAAACAAAUUGGUGGGAAGAAAGAAAUUCAAAAAGUGAAAUUGGAAUUCAAAUCCAAUCCAAUGAAUUUAUCUGACAAUUUAUUAGAUGAAAUUGAAUCGAAUAUUUCCAUACAUUUAUAUUCGACUUUUAAAUCAUUUCAAUCCAAGCAAAAACAGAAAAGAUCAUUUUACAAUAUUUCAAUACAACAAUAA